UAGAAAAGUAUUGGAGAUUCGUCAGUUCUCGAGUCAUUGGACUCUUCACAUCCAAAGGCACCUUAGUCACAAAGCGAAAAAAGCCACAUGUGAAAACGAGUGAAGCACACCUUAAACAGCAUUGGCCGGGACAAAUAUUUACUUUGUGACGUUAAAUCAGGGAACACGUAGCAUAAAGUUUUGUGAAGGAAGGCACUGAGGCUAUUACCUGUGCUACAGAUGACUUAAGAGUGAUACGUAGUGUAUGGUUCAGUUAUGCUUUUUGAAUUUAUUAUGCGACUUAAAUAUCCGAAUUUUAUCUGAUCUGCAAUUUCGUCAGUGUUUGCUAGUACUGUGGAGACACAUGUCUUUAUUGCUUGAGUCCUCUAAUCAAAUGAAGAUAUGGAAUUCGCCUUUCCUGGUGUUGUUGUGAUGUGGAUAAUUCUUGUCGCCGAUUCAGAGAGCUGACACCUGACAACCACACACUUUUCUGCAAUGGAGGCCUCACCCUUCAGCUGGUUUGUGUCCAGCAGAUGCCCUGCUGAAGACAGAUCUGUCCUGCUGGAGUCUGAGAAAAGCAGAGGCGUCGCUGGACGCGUGCAAGAGCUAUUUCAUGAGGAUGCACAGGGAUCUCCAAGCCACACGCAGCCAUGGUGGAGAGUAAAGCUGUUUGUGUGGGAGCCUGUGCUGUUUGGGACGUGGGAUGGCGUCUUCACCACCUGCAUGAUCAAUAUCUUUGGAGUGGUCCUCUUUCUUCGGACAGGGUGGCUUGUGGGAAACACGGGUGUUUUCCUUGGCAUGCUGCUGGUGUCCCUGGUGGUCGUGGUUGCCCUGGUUACGGUGACGUCGGGGAUAGGCGUGUGUGAGCGGUGCAGCGUUGGCAGUGGUGGCGUUUACUCCAUGAUUUCUACAGUCCUCGGAGGCAGAGUGGGCGGAACAGUUGGGCUCCUUUAUGUCUUUGGCCAGUGUGUUGCAGGUGCCAUGUACAUCACCGGCUUCGCGGAGUCCAUCGCCGACGUGCUGAGCUUCAACAGUGUCUGGGCCGUGCGGGGGAUCUCCUUCGCGGUACUCCUGGGCCUGCUGGGAAUUAACCUCGCUGGGGUCAAGUGGAUCAUCCGUCUCCAGCUCCUGUUACUGGCUGUGCUGGCUGUCUCCACGCUGGACUUCGUUGUGGGGACGUUCUCUCAUUUGGAUCCAGAGCAUGGCUUCGUCGGCUAUUCUGAGGAGUUGCUACAGAACAACACCCUGCCAGCAUACAGUCCUGGGGAGUCCUUCUUCACUGUGUUUGGUGUUUUUUUCCCUGCUGCAACAGGUGUGAUGGCAGGUUUCAACAUGAGCCCAGACCUUCAGAAGCCCGACUACAACAUCCCAGUUGGGUCCUUGGCUGCCAUUGGCAUAUCGUUUGUGCUUCAACAGAGAGGUCCUAAUAAAACCCCAGUGGCAGCCAUAUGUUUAACGAGCUUGAUCACCAUGGCCUUCAUCUUCAUUGGCCAGGUUAACAUCCUGGCUCCCAUAGUUACAAUAAACUUCAUGCUCACUUACAGCUUCAUAGACUAUUCCUACUUCAGUGUGUCAAUGAGUUAUAAACUUCAGAUGAAGCUGAGGAAGCCCCUGCCCCCCGAAGGCUCUGCUCACAAUUCCAGUAAGCCUUUAAUUCUCACCAAGCAUUCCCGAUAUGGAACAGAUGACAUAGUGAAGACCCAGAGAAAUGGAACAUUGCUGGAGUUCACUAAGGACAUGGACCAGAUAUUUCAGUCCCCCGGCCCAGCUACGGAAAAAGCAAAGAAAGAGAAGGAAAGUGCUGUGAGCCACAGAGGCAAAUUCAGGAAGUCCAGAAAGCCUGCCAAGCAAAUGCUGAUGGAUAGCUUUCAGUUAGAAUUCAACAGCUCCAAGACCGCGGAUCAGGAAAACGGGGAAGCCUCAGGCACCGAAGUGCUACACUCUGGAGGAUGGAGUGAAGCAGCAAGUAACCUUCAGGGGCGACGGGGUUCAGCGGAGGAGGGGUUUCAGAUGGGUGACCCACACAUGACUGAUCUGCACCUUCACUUGAAUGGUGAAAAACAGGAAUCGCCUCAUCAACAGCUGCCCACCACAGAGCUCAGGAGUUUAACUGAAAAACAAAAACUUCAAGGGGCUGAAAUUCAACAACUGCCAACCUCUCUUCACACAAGACUCUGUAACCACUGGGUUUCCCUUAUUGGUGCAAUAUGCUCAGUUGCGAUCAUGUUUGUAAUACAGUGGAUCUAUGCUAUUGCAAACAUCGCUAUGGCAACUGUCCUUUAUUUCUACAUUGGCCAAGCAAAUCCAGGUCUGCCAACAGGAGUAUCUGCUAACUUUAGUUUCUUCAAAUGGCUACAAUCUUCUCUGAAGACUAUGGGCAGGCGGGGACCAGCCCCACAGGAUCAGAUUGUUGUGACUCCCUCAUUUGCAGCUGUUGGCAUGGAGACUCAGCAGCUGACCGAGGAGAAUGCCGACUUCGCGUCACGCGACCGUUACCACCAUUCUUCCAUCAUCACUGGAGGAGAACUAACAAGCCAGCUCCAAUAAGAAAGGACCAGUCAGCCCGUCUCUCUCUCUCUCUCUCUGCACCGGCAACAUCCCUUAUUUCUACACCGGUGGACACUUAAAAAUAAUUGCCAGUAAGGUUUUUGUGGAUAAACAUGAAAGAUUGUGUUAUUUCUGCUGGGAAGGUUAUAUUUGUUAUUUGGUGCAGAAAAAAAAUGACAACUUUUUCCGCCCAAUAUAGCUUAUAUCACAAUGGACCUGUAAUGUCCCAUUUUCAUGAUAAAUUAAGAAUAUUUGCUUAAAACUGGCUUGUGCAUAAUCAUUUUGGGCCUAAUUAGUUCACCUUGCCUGAAAAAUUCAUGAACUCUAAUGUAAUCUGCCUUUAUAUUAUGAGAGUAAGAUGUUUAAUUCCGUCAUUGCAACUUUAAGCCACAAACUUUCCAGAAAUGUUUUCACUCCCUUGGUGACUAGCAUUGAGAAAUCCAAAAUCCAGAAGGGAAAACAAAUUGAGAUAAAAUUACACAUUAGGCGUGUUUGCUUUCUCCUUAUAUAAGCAAACUCGAAGAACCUUUGUGGGAAAGGGUUGUCCUUAUUAAAAUUGCCUCCCUGUAUAAAAGUUUCAGAAGAGUAAAAAUACCAGUGCAUUCCCUUUAUCGGAGUCAGCUGGUCUAAUGCAAAAUUCGCCCUUCUUUCAGCCCAUGUGUACAGCAUUGCUCAAACUUUGGACAUCAGAAUGAGCAGCUGUUUGUGUCUACAGAACUUGAUUAGAAAUAAAGUCGAAUAUUGCUGCGCAACUGUU